AUGCCGAAUCCUUCCUGUGAGUUUCCCGAAGUGUCGACCUUACGCUCUGGUGGACAGCCCGACGACCACGCCGUGGUCCGUAGUGCCAAUCGACGGCCUGUUUAUACGUUGCAUGCUGUGUUCCUGCGGAUUGAAAUUGUACAAGGCAUAUUGACUGCCUUGGUCAGGUUCUUCGUCCCACGUCAAACCAUCCGCAGCAUGGCCGACGAACGCCGAAAGCAGAUUUUGGCCUCCCGUCGCACUACCCUGCUCGCCUCGCUAGGACGUGCUGAGCAGUUUAUGGCGCAGUACCAGGAGGAACGGGACAAGCUCGAGGUCGAAUUGCGGUUGGAGAAUUUGGACGUGAUUUGGCAGGGGUUGGAGGACGUGCAGGCCGAGUUAGAGGAAAUGGAGGAAGGUAACGAAGGCAUGGUGAGGAAUCUGUCCUAUCGCUCUAACUUUGAACCGUUGCUCUUUAAAAUAAAAGCUUUCCUACGCUCUAAACUUCCUGCUCCUAUUAAUGUGAACGGAAAUCUUCCUCCACCCACUACCACCGGGGCUCCUUCCACUCUAAAGGGUCUGAAACUGCCUACUAUCUCGUUGCCUGAAUUCUCGGGGGACUACAAAGACUGGCUAGCCUUUCACGACACGUUUCUGGCACUAAUACACACAAACACGGAUGUGGCGGACAUCCAAAAAUUCCAUUAUCUAAGGGCUGCUAUCAAAGGUGAAGCAGCUCAACUAAUUGAGUCAAUUGGGAUUAGCGCGGCAAAUUAUCCAUUGGCUUGGGACGCUCUCGUCAGCCGUUACGCAAAUGAGUACCUCCUACGAAAACGCCACCUCCAAGCACUGUUGGACUGUCCGAAGAUGAAGAGAGAGUCUGCAUCCGCCUUGCAUGCCAUAGUUGAUGACUUCGAGCGGCAUGUGAAAAUAUUAGGUCAGCUGGGCGAACCUGUGGAUAACUGGAGUACCAUGCUAGAGCACAUCCUUUGUACGCGAUUGCAUGAUGAUACCCUGAAGGCCUGGGAGGAUUAUGCGUCCACUCUGAAUGCUGUUACGUACAAACACCUCGUUGAAUUCCUCCAUCGUCGUAUGCGAGUCCUCGAAUCGAUCUCGGUUAAUCAGCACCAUCAGUCCACCACUCCACAACCACAAUCUUCGUUUCCCAGAAAGCCAUUUCCGAUCAAGGUUUCUUCCCACGCAGCCGUUGAAGGUUCGUCGAUGAAAUGCUACGCCUGUGAUCAACGCCAUCCUCUGAUAAAGUGCUACAAGUUCGAGAAGUUUCCGAUUGCCGAAAAGAUGAGUCUCCUCAAUUCCAAACGACUUUGUCUCAACUGCUUCCGCAACGACCAUCUCGCUCGGAAUUGUGCCUCUAAGUACAGUUGCAAGGUUUGUCAAAAGCGUCACCACUCCCUGAUCCACGCUGCCUACUCUGAGAGUUCCAAUCGUCCCAAUGUUGAACCAUCGUCGUCAGGUGCUUCCAAGUCUUCCGUGCAAACCAACGUAGCCACUUCGGGUCCAGCCGAACUGCUGUCAGCGUCCACGUUGUCCAAGCCAGAAGAGAGCGUUUGCAGUAUUCCAAUGCAAGGUUGUGGUAGAAACGUCUUCAUGUUGACAGUGGUUCUCAAGGUCGUCGACUGCUAUGGUCAAGAGCAUUUGGCACGUGCUCUAUUGGAUUGUGCAUCCCAGCCGAACAUAAUCUCCGAGAACAUGGCGCAGAUCCUACGAUUGCAACGCAGCAAAGUGAACGUUUUGAUUCAUGGAGUUGGAGAAAAGCCUCAGCACGCUCGCAAUGCUGUCCGAACGCAGAUUCGCUCACGAAAGGAAGAUUUCGCUCUCGACGUUGAUUUCCUGGUCCUUAAAAGCGUCAUCCCUAAACUUCCUGCCCAAGACGUGCCCAUCGCAGAUUGGAACCUGCCCCAAGACUUGUUCUAUGCUGAUCCAAACUUCAACCUGAGCUCCGGUAUUGACAUGAUCAUCGGGAAUGAACACUUCUUCUCAUGCUUCAAGUCUGCUGCCAGAAUUCAUUUGUCCGAUUCCCUACCACUGCUGGUAGACAGCGCCUUCGGUUGGAUAGUAUCUGGUGCCGUCAAUACCCCCAAGAACCGCCAAGAAGCAUCCGCUUGCUCCAUCACCACCAUGUCCUUGGUAUCGCUCGAAGAAAGUUUGGAACGUUUCUGGGAGAUAGAGGAACUUCCGACCAGAUCUGCUUAUUCGAUGGACGAGAAGAAAUGCGAAGACCUCUAUGCGUCAACAGUCAGUCGGAACCCUGAAGGACGAUACAUAGUACGACUACCACGGAAACAAAAUUUUGAUGAGCUUAUUGGAGAAUCGAGAGCUACAGCACUGCGUCGUUUCGAGCUCCUCGAGCGCCGACUGGACCGAGAUUCCCAGUUGAAAGAGGAGUACCAUAAGUUCAUGCGAGAGUAUUUGGAGUUAGGCCAUAUGCGAUUGGUGUCCGACGAGGAGGUUGAAGGAUCAAACCAAUGUUUCCUUCCGCAUCACCCAGUGCUAAAGGAGGCCAACACGACAACAAAGGUCCGCGUCGUCUUUGAUGCCUCCCCCAAGACGUCCUCCGGUCACUCGCUGAACGAAGCAUUACUCGUAGGGCCGGUAGUGCAGGACGAUAUUCACGCCAUUUGCCUUCGCUUCCGAACCUUCCCAGUAGCCGUGGUGAGUGAUGUAGCGAAAAUGUACCGCCAAGUUUUGCACCAUCCAGACGACACACCGUUCCAACAAAUCCUGUUUCGCUUCCAUGAUGCUGACCCAGUCCAAACCUACCGCCUUCUGACUGUAACGUACGGCAUGGCACCCUCUUCCUUCCUAGCAACGCGUACAUUAGUUCAACUGGCCGACGAUGAAGGAGAUGCGUACCCUCUGGGAGGACCAGCAGUCAAAAAAGGAUUUUAUGUUGACGACUUUAUUGGUGGUGCACAGUCGAUUCCUGAAGCCAUCCAGCUGAGGACUGAAUUGGGAGAACUGAUGGCGAAGGGCGGAUUCUGUCUGAGGAAGUGGACCUCCAACAAGCUUGAAGUUCUACAAGGACUGGAGCCUGACCAAAUCGGGACUCAAUCCGCAAUACAAUUCGGCAAGGAUGAAACCAUCAAGGCUUUGGGGAUUUGUUGGGAACCCGAGGCAGACAUCUUCCGAGUUGAAACCGCAUUACGACCUAGCCAUGGACCGAUCACGAAGAGAACCAUUCUGUCCGGCAUAUCCCAGCUGUUCGAUCCCCUGGGUAUAGUAUCACCCGUUGUCAUCCGUGCAAAAAUGUUGAUGCAGCUCCUAUGGGUGCAACCUUGUGGCUGGGACGACGCCGUUUCGGAAUCGAUUGCCGACAAAUGGAACAGCUACGCCAAGCAAUUACCGAAGCUCUCUGAUUUCCACGUACCACGCUACGCUCUCCUCCCGAACGCUACAAUCCAGCUCCACACCUUCUCUGAUGCGUCUGAAGCAGCCUACGGCGCAUGCACGUACGCCCGAUCCGUUGAUUCCCAGGGCAACGUAGCCGUCCACCUACUAGCGUCAAAAUCACGUGUCGCCCCACUGAAGCGUAUUAGCCUUCCGCGGCUCGAACUAUGUGCCGCCGACCUUGCAACGAAACUGCAUACGAAAAUCAGCGAGGCACUCCAGAUCGACAUUUCCGCUUCCUAUUUUUGGAGUGACUCCACCGUUACGCUCCAAUGGAUUCGCGCUCCUCCCAACAAUUGGAAAACGUUUGUGGCCAACCGCGUUUCCGCCAUCCAAUCAGCUACCCACGGAGCACAUUGGAACCAUGUAGCUGGAAAGCAGAACCCCGCCGACCACGUAUCUCGAGGUAUGGAAAUCGACGAGUUCAUCCAAUGCGAAGAAUGGAAACAUGGACCAAAAUGGCUUUCGCUACCAGAAAAGCAAUGGCCAUGUGAGCAAGUGCCAGAAUACCCAGAUGAUGGAAAGGAACGUAGAAAGGUCGUCGUGGCAGUAACCAGAAGCGAAGCACUCGUCAACCCAUACUUCGCCUCAUUCUCCUCGCAUUCCGCAAUGGUCCGCAUUACCGCAUACUGCCUACGAUUUGUCCGCUACUGUCGUGAAAAACGCCGUACACUUCCCUCCUGUGAUCCGCUUCCCAACAACGCACUUUCGCAAGAGGAACUCGCCGCUAGUCAGUCGAUACUCAUCAAGUUGACCCAGGCCGACGGUUUCAAAGAGGAGUUGAAGCACCUACGCAGUGGCAAUGCAGUUUCAAAAAAGUCGCCGAUCUGCCGUCUAAGCCCCAUACUAGACCCUGAAGGCAUAAUUAGAGUGGGAGGGAGAUUAAAUUUGUUAGAGCAACCCUACAUUACCAAGCACCCUGUCCUCCUACCAAAUCCUCACCCCUACACACGCCUUCUCGCCAAGCAAUACCAUCUUAAACUAAUCCAUGGUGGCGGCCGCCUCACACUAGCCGCUAUGCGCGAAAAAUUCUGGCCUAUUCGAGGACGAAGGCUAAUCCAGGGCGUAAUACAUGCCUGCUUCCGCUGCAACCGAGCGAGUCCCGUUCCAGCAACACAGCAGCUGGGCCAGCUUCCAAUCCACCGCAUUCGACCGAGCCGUCCGUUCAGCAUCACCGGCGUCGACUUCGCUGGACCUGUUUAUCUUCGGGCAAUCCACAAAAGAGCACAACCAACGAAGGCCUACAUCUGCAUCUUUGUGUGCUUCAGCACGAAGGCUGUCCACAUCGAACUGGUUGGGGACCUAUCGACACCCGCGUUCCUGGCAGCGUUCCGGAGAUUCGUGUCCCGCAGAGGUCGACCAUCCGAUGUCUAUUCCGACAACGGGAAAAAUUUUGAAGGCGCAAAAAAUGAGCUGGAGGAAAUCCAUCGUCUGCUGCAGGAAAACACCGACGACAUCCACACCUUUUGCGCCAACGAAUCCAUCAAUUGGCACCUGUGUCCACCAAAGGCGCCUCACUUCGGUGGAUUAUGGGAGGCAGCCGUUAAGGUUGCCAAAACACAUCUGUAUCGCCAGCUGGGGAACUCUCGCCUGACCUUCGAGGAGAUGACGACGCUGCUGACCCAAAUCGAAGCAGCAAUGAACAGCCGACCACUGGUGCCCCUUUCUGAGGAUCCGAACGACCUGGCGUGUCUAACUCCUGCACACUUUCUAAUUGGAUCAACGAUGCACGCAGUUCCCGAGCCGGAUCUCACGAAAGUUUCCCUCAGCAUGCUCGACCGUCUCCAAGCGACACAACGAGCAUAUCAACAGUUUUGGCACCAUUGGCGAAGCGAAUAUUUGCAAGAGCUGCAACUAUGCACCAAAAACAACAAGCCGAACGACGCUUUUCUUCCCGGCCGACUCGUAAUCCUCGUCGAUGAACAGCAGCAUCCGGUGAAGUGGCCACUUGCUCGAAUCGUCAAUAUUCAUCCCGGCAACGAUCAGCUUACGCGGGUGGUGACCUUGAAAACUUCCCGUGGUAUCAUCAAGCGGCCGAUCACAAAAAUUUGUCUGCUUCCUUCCUACAACGAUGACGAAUGCGUUCCUGGAGUCAGCGAAUGA